GCAUUGUAAGUCUCAGAGUUAUUUUAGCUGUUGAUGAUGAUUUGGCCGAUGGCAUUUUGUACGACAUGUGGUUGUGGCAUCACUUGCUUUCAUGGACGCUCAGCAAAGAAAAGACCUUUUCUAGAAAAGCAUAGCUUAUUUCUUAUUUCUAUACCUUAUACAAGACUUGGUAGUCGUUGCCGUUUUCAAGCAUUAGACAGAAGUUUAGGAUGUUUUUGUAAGCUCGCAAACUGGUUUCCUCUCAAUAAGUACCAGAAAGAUAUACCUACUGCUUUCAAACUUUUGUUUGCUGUUUCUAAAAUAGACAAAGCCAACUUAGCUUUAGCGUUCGUCUUGUUAGGUGCCCUUUAUCGUGCUUCUUCCCAUUCUUGCCUCCUCAAGCGACAAAUCUCGUCAAACAAGCAAUAUUUAUUGUAUGAAACUUGUACUCAUCAGAGAAUUGAUUAUUUCUUGAACCCGUCAAACGGUGACUUGUUGAUAGCUCCAAGUAUCGAUUCACGUACUGUGUGGAGAAAGAUUCUAGACCUCUUGAAUAGUUCUUUUCUUCCAGAGAAUUGCAAGAAAACAGUAUCUAAGGAUUAUUUUUGGUUUACAACUUUUAAUUUUUUGCAGAAUGUUGUGAAUUGUUGCAUUGGUGUUAUAUCCACUCAACAGCUUUUGCGAGCUGUUGGACUCUCUGCUAGUCAAGGAAUUGGAAAGUCUGCCUCGCUUAACUGGGUUUUAAAGGAUGGAAUUGGAAGGUUGGGUGCCAUUGUCUUUGGAAGUUUUAUUGGCAAUCGGUUCGAUGCAGAUCCAAAACGUUGGAGACUUUGGGGCGAUAUUUUGUAUGCGUUUGGAAUUGGAACGGAAAUCAUAUCGCCGUUACUGCCUCGAUAUUUCUUAUUAGUCGCAUCAUUGGCCAAUAUGGUAAAAGCAACUUCUUACAUGCUUCGAUUACCUACAACUGCAGCUAUUAGACGGUCUUUUGCAAAGCGAGAAAAUUUUGGAGAUAUUUCAGCCAAGGCUAAUUCUCAAGAAGUGCUUUCAAACUUAUUUGGCACUUUUUUGGGAAUCGGUUUCAGCAUUAUACUUGGCCAUAGUUGGUGGCAACUGAGUGUUGCAUAUUUUGUAUACUUUAUUAUGUUCUUUUUACUCAAUUAUUUGGGAGUGAAAGGUCUUCAUCUUCGAACUCUGAAUUUGCAACGAUCCUUGUUAUUAGGCUGGAGUUACUGGAAGUCUUCCCAGGUUUCAACUGUUGAAGAGGUCAAUUAUCGAGAGAAUGUGAUUUUGCCGUCCAUAAUGAGUUUUGGACGUUAUAUCCGGUUUGGCGUAUCGUUACGAGAUAUUCAUUUGACUGGUUCGGAACUUGCAGCACUAUUAGACAAGUAUCGACAAGCCAAAUAUUUAUUGACUGUUCGACAUGGUCAAGUGUAUAUUGUUUUUCAUAUGGAAGCUCGAGUGAAGGAUGAGUUACAAGCCAUUUUGCAAGCGACCUUUUUAGCACAAGAAAAUGGCUGUAUUUGUACGGAUAGACUUGAGCAAAGUUAUACCGUUGGAAAACCGAAGAAUUUUUACAUUCUGGUGCGCAACGUUAUCGAGCGUUUUGGAAUGUAACAAGUUGGAAAUUAUCCAACUCCAGCUACAUUUCUGAAUUGGC